CUCGGAGGAAGAUGGCGGCGGCGGCGGCGGGGUCCGUGAGGCGCGGGCGGCGGCCACCGCGGCGCCACUGAGGGGCCCCGGGGGCCCGCGCGGCUCCGGGCUGGGGCCCCGCCGCGGGACGGACCAUGCUACGCUCCACCGGAUUCUUCCGGGCCAUCGACUGCCCCUAUUGGGCCGGGGCGCCCGGGGGGCCCUGCCGGCGGCCCUACUGCCACUUCCGGCACCGCGGGGCCCGGGGCCCGGGUGCGCCCGGCGGCGGCGGAGCGGCGCCCUCGGCAGCAGGGCUGGGCUACGACCCCUACAACCCCGAGCUGCCCAAGCCCCCCACGCCUCGGGAGAAUGGCGCCCUGGGCCGCGGGGACGAGCCGCGCGCCGGCGAGCUGGAGCUGGAGCUGGUCAACCAGGCUAUCGAGGCCGUGCGCUCUGAGGUGGAGCUGGAGCAGCGGCGCUACCAGGAGCUGCUGGACACGGCCCGCGAGCAGGGCGCUGCGCCUGACGCCCCGGGCCCCGCCGGCCUGGACGACGGCACCUUCUCGCUCGCUUUCGACUACAGCCCCGGCCGCUGCGGCGCAGGGCCCCCCGACGCCACCUACCAGCCCACCCCGCUGGCCCCCGUCGAGGCCGGUGGCAGCAAGUACUCGCUGGGCCCCGGGGCCAGCGGCGGCGGCGCCCUGGAGUACAUCCCCAAGGCGCUGAGCCAGCCCCGGCGCGCCCGGCCGGUGCCCAGCGGCAAGUACGUGCUGGAUGACUCCAAGCCGUCCACGGACCUGGAGUACGACCCGCUGUCCAACUUCUCCGCCCGGCUGCUUAGCAGGAGCAGGGCCGGGGCCAGUGACGAGCCCUCGGCCAAGCGGCCCCGGGGCUCCCGACCCAGUGAGCCCUACACGCCCGCCCCGGGCAAGCCCUGUGACCCCUUUGCCGGCUGCGAGGCCCGUUUCUCCGACUCCGACGACGACGAGGAGAGCGAGGCGCCUGGGGCCCCCGCCAGUCCCCCCAGAGACCAGGCUGCUGCCCCCACCACGGGGAGCCGGAGUCCCCAGAGGCCAGCCUCCAAGGAGGGCCACCAGGAGCCCGAUGAGGGGGCGCUGCGGCUGACCAGGGAGACGGCCGUGCAGUGCGACGGGGGGGACCUGGGCCAGCCCCCCGGCACCAAGCCCACACCCCCUGGCCCCGCCUCCCAGGAGCACCGUGACCCCAAGGAGGGGAAGCCCAAGAAGAAGAGCCACAAGGACAAGGAUGGCGUCGCCAAAAAGGACAGGGCCAAGGGCACCCCACCCGCAGGGCGCCCCGAGAAGGUGCGCACGGACAAGAGAGGCCUGCAGGCCAGCGGACCCCGGCCUGCAGCGGGCACCAAGAGGAAGCCGUCCGCGGCCAGCCCCGGGGCCGGCUCAGGGAAGGCCCAGCCUGAGAGGCCGCAGCCCAGCCCCACCAACGGGGGUCCCCGGGCUGGCCCCCAGGACCGGCCCAGUGGCGGCGGCGGUGGCGGGAAGGCCUGGGUGGGGAAGUUGGCAGAGCGCAAGACCCGCUCCCUGGACGAGGGGGCCGCCCGCAAUGCCCCCAAGCUGAAGAGGCGCGCCCUGAGCCACGCGGAGCUUUUCGGGGAUGAGAGUGAGGACGAGGCGCCCCCUGCCCGCCCCCCUCGGGCGCCCGCCCUCCCCAGCCUCAGCUCCAGCUCCGACUCAGACUCGGACAGCAGCAGGGAGUGGGGGCCGCCCAAGCGCCUCAAGGUCUCCCCGCCUCCCGCCUGCACCUCCAGUCUGGCCUCCCCCCCUCCCUCCUCCUCCUCCUCCUCCUCCUCCCCCUCCCCGGGGGCGGGUGCGGCCUCCGUGGCCGUGGACUACGCCGCCCUGGAGAAGGAGGUGGACUUUGACUCGGACCCCAUGGAGGAGUGUCUGCGCAUCUUCACCGAGUCCACUCGCGUCAAGACCCAGGACAGGGGCCGGCUGGCCCGGCAGCCCCCCAAGGAAGAUAAGACUGAGGACAAGGGCCAGGCGGGCCUGACCACGCUCUUCCCGGGGCAGAAGAGAAGGGUUUCGCACCUGACCAAGCAGGGGAAGGAGGUGGAGCCCUCAAGGAGGGUCCCGGCGCCUCCUGCCCGGCCCCCCAGCGCCCAGGAAGUGUGCUACCGGCGAGCCCAGCAGGCCCAGCAGGACUCGGCCCGGUGGCUGCUUUCCGCCCAGAAGCCUUCGUCCUCGUCCUCCUCCUCCUCCUCUUCCUCCUCUGUGCACAUCUCGGCACCCGGCGAGAAGCGGAGAAUAGCUCACGUGCCCAACCCCCGCCUGGCUGCAGCCCCCGCAGGUGCCAAGAGGACCCUGGCGGCCAGCAGCAGCCAGCCCCCCAAUGGGCCCGAGCUGGGUGGGCAGCCCCUGAAGACGCGCACGCUGUCGGGGAUGGCAUCCAAGACGACCAGCACCGUCACCCCCAAACGCGUCGCUCACAGCCCAUCUCUUCAGAGUCUAAAGAAGCCCGUUAUCCCCAAAGAAUUCGGGGGCAAAGUCCCCACCGUCAUCCGCCAGCGAUACCUCAACCUGUUCAUCGAGGAGUGCCUCAAAUUCUGCCCCUCCAGCCAGGAGGCCAUCGAGAAGGCGCUGAAUGAGGAGAAGGCGGCCUUUGACCGCAGCCCCAGCAAGAACAUCUACCUGAACGUGGCCGUGAACACACUCAAGAAACUGCGCGGCCUGGUCCCCAGCGCCGGGCCCGGCAUCACCAAGCCCAGCAGCCGGAGGUUGGUGUCCCACGAGGUGGUGUUGGGCGGCAAGUUGGCUGCCAAGACCAGCUUCUCGCUCAGCCGGCCCAGCAGCCCCCGCGUGGGGGACCUCAAAGGCGUCGCCCUGUACGGCCGCCUCAAGGACUACCUGCUGAGCGAGGGCCAGCUGCAGGAGAACGGCUUCCCCUUCCCGCACCCUGAGCGGCCCGGCGGCGCCGUCCUCUUCACGGCCGAGGAGAAGAAGCCCAAGGACUCCUCAUGCAGGAUCUGCUGCCGCUGCGGGGCCGAGUACCUGGUGCUGCCGUCGGGCCGCUGCGUGCGCCAGGAGGAGUGCGUGUACCACUGGGGGCGGCUGCGGCGGAACCGGGUGGCCGGCGGCUGGGAGAACCAGUACAUGUGCUGCUCGGGCGCCGUGGGCUCCACCGGCUGUCAGGUGGCCAAGCAACACGUGCAGGACGGCAGGAAGGAAAACCUGGAGGGGUUCGUGAAGACCUUCGACAAGGAGCUCGCCGAGGGGGCGCACCCGGGGAUCUACGCCCUGGACUGUGAGAUGUCCUACACGACCUACGGCCUGGAGCUGACGCGCGUCACCGUGGUGGACACCGACAUGCAGGUGGUGUACGACACCUUCGUCAGGCCUGACAACGAGAUUGUGGACUACAACACGCGGUUCUCAGGGGUGACGGAGGCCGACCUCGCCGAUACGAGCACCUCGCUCCGCGACGUGCAGGCCGUCCUGCUGAGCAUGUUUAGCUCCGACACCAUCCUCAUCGGACACAGCCUGGAGAGUGACCUGCUGGCCUUAAAGGUCAUCCAUAGCACCGUGGUGGACACGUCCGUGCUCUUCCCACACCGCCUGGGCCUGCCCUACAAGCGCUCCCUGCGGAAUCUGAUGGCUGACUACCUCAAACAGAUCAUCCAGGACAAUGUGGACGGGCACAGUUCCAGCGAGGAUGCCAGCGCCUGCAUGCACCUGGUGGUCUGGAAGAUCCGCGAAGAUGCCAAGACCAAGCGGUGACCCCCCCCUGCGCCGCCCUCCCCCCUACCCCGCCACCCUGCCCGCCCGCCUCCAAAACAGUGCAAUAAAUCUCGAGAGCUAGCCCUGUCCGCGUCGCCCCGCAGGACACGGGGCCGAGAGCACAGGACGAGCAGGCACCACCCCCACCCCACCCCGAGACUCCUGCUGGCCUCCCCCCACCCCACCCCGACCCCCAGCAGUGCGGCCGCCAGCUUCUCUCUGUGGUGGUAUGGGGGGGACGUGCAUCACAGGUGGGGGGCUUGGAACGGGGGUCCUCUUUCAUUCUUUUGUAUUGUUCUUUUUAUUAUUUUUAAUUUAAACCUGAUAACUUGCUAAGUUGUCUUCCCCUUCCUCCGUGGCACCAGACCCUAGUUCUGUGUCGUGUCCGCCCCUCAUUCCCACAAACGACCGUGGGGGCUGGGAAUCGCCCAGAAUCCCCCCUUAGUAGUUCUAGCCCCGCCUAGAUGUGGGCCGUGGGAGCCGGCCGCCUCCGCUCCUCAGGUGAGCCAAGGCCCCCCACCCUGGCCCCUUCCCUCUCCCUGGCAGGGACUGAAUAAAUGUUUGUAUGAAUUUUA